CUCCUUUCCCUGCACCGUCUCUCACCCUUGAACCUUACCCAAAACCUUCUUCUCUCUCUCUUUCUCUUUCUUUCCGUCUUUAUUACUCCUCAAAACUCACCAUGGCCGUUCAAUCCGAUUCCCUCUCCUUACCUCGUGACCAGAACGGCCAAGAUGCUCUUCAGCUCAUCCAACACUUAACCCAAAACACUGAUCCUAUCCAGAACCAAGUCCUUCGCCAGAUUCUCCACCAAAACGCCGACACGGAAUACCUCAGACGCUUCGGACUCAACGGUGCCACCGACCGUGACACCUUCAAGUCCAAGGUUCCCGUCGUCUCAUACGAGGAUCUGCGCCCUGAUAUAGAACGCAUUGCCAACGGAGACCGCACGCCCAUUUUGUGCGCUCACCCCAUCUCUGAGUUUCUCACAAGUUCUGGAACGUCUGCUGGCGAGAGAAAGUUGAUGCCCACCAUCGAUGAAGACAUGGACCGCCGUCAGUUUCUGUACAGCUUGCAGAUGCCGGUGAUGAACCAAUACGUGUCCGAUUUGGACAAAGGGAAGGCCCUUCACUUUCUGUUCAUCAAGGCAGAGAGUAAGACACCCGGCGGGUUACUGGCUCGGCCGGUGCUGACCAGCUACUACAAGAGCGAGCAAUUCAGGAAAAGACCAUUUGACCCUUACAACGUCCUCACCAGCCCCAACGAGGCCAUCCUUUGCCCCGAUUCCUUCCAGAGCAUGUACACUCAGAUGCUGUGUGGCCUUAUCAUGCGCCAUGAGGUUCUCCGUGUCGGAGCUGUUUUCGCCUCUGGCCUUCUCCGGGCCAUAAGAUUCCUUCAGCUCAAUUGGGACCAAUUGGCCCAUGAUAUCCACACCGGAACCCUAAACCCCAAGGUCACAGACCCUUCCAUCAGGGAAUGCAUGUCCAAGAUCUUAAACCCCGACCCCGAACUCGCCACUUUCAUCAAAAACGAGUGCUCCGGCGAAAACUGGGAACGUAUAAUCGUGAGGAUUUGGCCCAACACCAAGUACCUUGACGUCAUAGUCACGGGUGCCAUGGCUCAGUACAUUCCAACUCUCGAUUACUACAGUGGAGGCCUACCCAAACCUUGUACCAUGUACGCCUCCUCCGAGUGUUUUUUCGGCCUUAACCUCAAACCCAUGUCCGAACCCUCCGAUGUCUCCUACACCAUACUGCCAAACAUGGGUUACUUCGAGUUCUUACCCCAUGAUGAUGACUCUCCUGUGACCCUCUCCAGGGACUCGCCUCCUCGCUUGGUGGAUCUAGCAGACGUGGAACUUGGUAAGUUCUAUGAACUCAUUAUCACCACCUAUUCAGGUCUUUGCCGUUACAGAGUGGGUGACAUCCUUCAAGUAACCGGGUUCCAUAAUUCGGACCCGCAAUUCCGCUUCGUGAGGCGUAAGAACGUUUUGCUGAGCAUUGACUCUGACAAAACUGACGAGGCGGAGCUGCAGAAGGCCAUCGAGAAUGCCUCGGAGCUGUUGAAGGAGUUUAACACCAGCGUGGUGGAGUACACGAGCUUCGCUGACACCAAAUCCAUUCCGGGGCAUUACGUGAUUUAUUGGGAGCUGUUCAUGAAGGACUCGCCUCACUCUCCCACGAGCGAAGUGCUGAACCAGUGCUGCUUGGCGAUGGAAGAGUCGCUGAAUACAGUCUACCGACAAGGGAGGGUUGCGGACAACUCUAUUGGUCCGUUGGAAAUACGAGUGGUGAAAAAUGGAACCUUUGAGGAGUUGAUGGACUACGCCAUCUCGCGUGGAGCGUCGAUUAACCAGUACAAAGUGCCAAGAUGCGUGAACUUCGCACCCAUAAUGGAACUACUCGAUUCCAGGGUGGUUUCUUCUCAUUUUAGCCCCGCUGCACCGCACUGGACCCCAGAACGUCGUAGUUGAUGAAAUUGUAUAACGUAGCAUGCAGUCGUCGUCAUGCAUAGGAUCUUUUAAUAAGGAGAAGAAAAAAAAAAAACAAGAUGGAUGACAGAAAAGGGUUGUUCAUUGUUGUUGUUGUCAUCAUUUGCCAAACCCAAAACUGUUUGUAUUUGUUGAUUUGAUAUUUCCAAAGUAGUUGUUUUUCUCUUCUUUC